GAGCUGGUACUCUGUCUUCCUUUUCCGUUUUCGGCUCCGAGCAAACUAAGAGUAGAAAUGGCGUCGUCGGCGAGAGAAUGGAUUGAAGCAGACGAAACGGCGAAGCAAUUUCUCACUAGGGUUUUCUCAGUGAGACCUUUUCUACCAUUACCUCCACCUCUUCAUCGCAUUCCUCUCCGUCCCGGCAAUGUUGUCGAAAUCGUCGGUCCUUCUCCUUCUUCAAAAACUCGCAUUCUUAUGCAGGCUGCUAUUAAUUGUACUUUGCCUAAGGAGUGGAAAGGUGUAAACUAUGGAGGCUUGGAGCGAUUAGUUAUGUUUGUUGACCUGGAUUGUCGUUUUGAUGUAUUAAGCCUUUCACGAUUACUGAAGCAGCGGAUCAUUCGAGCAAAUGGCAAUGGCAUAGGCCAGAAGCUAAAUAAGGGGGAUGAUUCUCCUAGUGGAUCAAAGGAUGCACACACCGAAUAUGACAAAGAAUUGUUCGCUGUCAGCAUGAGAAGGUUCUUGUACAUCCGCUGUUAUGAUAGUUUUGAAUUUCUUGCUACUCUUAAGACGUUGCAUUUCCAACUUCAAAAGGAAAAAGAGGCACAUGGCAGUGGUGUUUAUUUGCUUAUGAUUGACAGUAUUGGAGCUUUUUAUUGGAUGGAUCGUGCUUCACCAUCUAUACCGCCAGGGAGCAACAACAGGAGAAGUCUCUCUUUGCAAAGUGUGUCAGACAUUGCCGUUCAAGAGAUCCAGAAGAUUCUUGUGGUGCAUCCGAUGCUUGUUCUAACUACAAAAGCAGCAAGUUUACAGGAUAAAUUUACAUCUCGCGAAGUUAUUAGGUUGGAUUCAGUUCAUUUCCUUUGUCCAAAAUAAAUCUUGUAUUGCACA